AACAGCAUCAAUUAUUGUUUAAGAGACCUAAUUGUUUUUAUUUCAGUUUUUACUGAUGAAGACAUUUUAAAGCACAUUUUUCUGGAUAAAGAGGUUUCUGGAUUGUGUUUGGCUCCAUGUCUGAACUGGAGGGGCUGAGACUGGUGGUGAAACAGAGAAUUGAUGCGGCUGCUGAGGAGAUUUUUGGGCUGCUGAAAACUAGAGCAGAUUACGAGGAGCAACUUUCUCGUUUUAAAGAAUCUGAACGACGACACAAACUACUGGACGAUGUUUUCAACCCUAAAGUUCAGCUACACAGAUCAGAUUGUUGGAUUAAAGGCGAUUUCCCCCCUGAGUGGAUCCCCGGACUGGACAAGGAGGACACAGACCCCCUCCACAUAAAAGAGGAGCAGGAGAAAGUCUGGAUCGGUCUGGAGGGAGAGCAGCUCAAUGGGCUGGAGGAGGCCGACAUCGCCCGCUUCUCUUUCACUCCUGUUCCUGUGAAGAUUAAAGAUGAAGAUCGGUCUUCACAGCUCCAUCAAAGCCCAAAGCAGGACAACAGAGAGGCAGAGCCUCCAGCCGGCUGCUCAGCUACGCAGAUAAAAACAGAAACCGAUGGAGAGGACCGUGGAGGAUCAGAACCAGCCAGGAACCCAGAACCAGAUACUGAAUCACAACCAAAUACUGACGAUGAAAGGGAUACUGACGAUGAAAGGGCUUCAGACUCCUCUGACACUGAAUUCAGUUAUGAUGAUUGGCAAAAAUCUUUGUCAGAUUCCGGAUCUGAAACUGAAGACAGUGAUUGGAUGGAGACCAGGGCACCUGAGCCGGCUGCAAAUGCUCUGAAAUCUAAGGAAGUCCCUUUAAGUGAUGAGGGAUGUAACACUGGCAAAAAUCCUUUAGCUUCUUUAAGUGUAGUAGAAGAUUUUACUACAAGGAAUGGCUUCAGAGUCACAUGACAUGUCAUUUUGGAAAGAGGUCUUCCAGAUGUUUGGUUCGUAAGAAAUGUUUGAGAGCGAAGCAAAAGGUGGAUUCACAGACCAGAGUCAACGCAGGAGAGAAACUAUCGGGUUGUGAUGUUUGUGGGAAAAGAUUUAACCAUCGGUCAAAUCUUAAGUCACACAUGAGAAUCCACACAGCACAGAAACCAUUUGGUUGUGAUGUCUGUGGGAAAAAAUUUAACCAUCGGUCAACUCUUAAGAUACACAUGAGAGUCCACACAGGAGAGAAACCGUUUGGUUGUGAUGUUUGUGGGAAAAGAUUUAACCAGUUACCACAUCUUAAGACACACAUCAGAAUUCACAUAGGAAAAAAACCGUUUGGUUGUGAUGUUUGUGGGAAGAAAUUUAUAGGGAAGGGAAAUUUUAAGCGACACACGAGAGUCCACACAGGAGAGAAGCCAUUUGGUUGUGAUGUUUGUGGAAAGAAAUUUACACGGAAGGGAAGUUUGAAGACACACAUGAGAGUCCACACAGGAGAAAAACCGUUUGGUUGUAUUGUUUGUAGGAAGAAAUUUACCAUGAAGGCAACUGUGAAGUCACACAUGAGAAUCCACACAGGAGAGAAACCGUUUGGUUGUGAUGUUUGUAGGAAGAAAUUUACA